AUCCUCGUCAACUUCCAAGUCAAAAGUACAAUUGUCUUUGUUUGUUUUAUUGCUGAUUGUGAGUUCUGUGCCCUAAUAUCUUGUUUUUUUUAUGUGUCUUGCAGCCGAAUUGUCCUGCCCAUUUCAGUGGAGGAGUACCAAGUGGGUCAGCUGUACGCGGUAGCGGAGGCCAGUAAGGGUGAGACGGGUGGAGGAGAAGGUGUGGAGGUGCAGUGCAACGAGCCCUACGAGAAGGACGGAGAGAAGGGGCAGUACACCCUCAAGAUCUACCACCUGAAGAGUAAAGUGCCAGAUAUCCUCGCUCGGAUAGCUCCCAAAGGUUCUCUUUUGGUUAAAGAGGAGGCCUGGAAUGCAUAUCCGUACUGUAAAACCGUCAUUACAAAUGAAUACAUGGGUGACAAGUUCACUCUAACCAUCGAGACCUGGCACAAGCCUGACAUGGGGGAUCAGGAUAAUGUACACGGACUGGAUAAAAGCCAGUUGGAAAAAAGGACAAUAGUUGACAUUGAUAUUGCUGACAGAAGUUGCAUCAAUGCAAAGGACUAUAACGCAGAGGAAGACCCAGCCAUCUUUAAAUCACAGAAGACCGGUAGAGGGCCUCUGGGACCAAACUGGAAGAAAGAACUCGCUGACAACCCCGACUGUCCACACAUGUGUGCCUAUAAGUUAGUGACUGUUGAAUUCAAGUGGUUAUUGCUUCAGGGCAGAGUGGAAAGCAUGAUUCAAAAGGUGGAGAAUCGUGUGUUCGGCAAGUUCCACAGACAGCUGUUCUGCUGGAUCGACAAAUGGAUCGGACUGUCGAUGGACGACAUACGACGCAUGGAGGCGGAGACGAAGGAGGAGCUGGAUAAGAUGAGGGCGAAUGAUGAACGUAAAGGCUUGGAUGCUAAUGAUGAUUGCAACUGACUGGCUUCGCCCGAUCACCUUCCGAUACGAGAGGCUUUGACUUCACUCAACAAGUUCACGCUCCUCUCUUUGGACACUGGACCUAGAAACAGCCUGAUAGGCAUAAUCAAGAAUACCACACUUGCAUCCGAAUAAAAAGAAAACUGCUCUUAAUAAGAGCUCAUUAUUAUAAAGCAAUUGUGUGUAUCUAUCUACAACAUUUGAAUACAACUAAAGCAACUUUUAGUAUUUUUUUUGUUUUUUUAUUGGUCAGGUUUGCAAGUCAGAGGAUCCGUUUUGAGGAUGAAGCGUUCUUGCUUAUGUCUGUUAGGUCCUCUUACAUUCUAAAAUAUUAGGUGUGGGCUGUCACUGAGGAAACAUUUCUGAUUACUGAUUUUAAUUAGUUAUUUGGGUUUUGUUCUUUUUCUUGAUUUUUUUUUUUUUUUUUUUUUCAGUUCUCAACUGAUUUAUUGUUUUUAUUUAUUGUUAACGGUCUCUCCUUUCCACAAAAGCUGCAGUUUCUAGGAUCAGUGCUUUUGAACAAAAGAAAUCUGUUAAUGUCGUUAUCUCUGUUUUGUCAAACUUGAAAUUCAUUACAUGGUGGCUGGAGGCAAUUAAAAUACAGCUUAUGAUUUAUGUAAAAACUACUACAUAUGAGGCAUUUACUUCAGACAUGUGUAAUCUUAUUUAACAUAAUAAAAAUCUGGUCUGACUACACCUGAUGUUUUGUCAGGUGGUUGUUUUAGCCUCAUACGAAGAUGUCAGCUUUGGGUGGAGGGUUCGAGUGUUGGUGAUAUGUACUGUAAAAAUCUGAACUCUGCAGAUUUCAAAAUCGUUGACACAUGAUGAGGUUCUGUUUUUAAAUUUUGGCCUUCGUCUUUUUAAAUCGUGUCCUAUGUUGAAUGGUACAACCCAGAUUUUAAUGUUAUGAGUGUGCAGUAUAUUUAAGUAAAUGCAUUUGUUCCUUGCUCUUUAGGAUAUUUGUACAUUGUACUUCUGCUGAGAAAAAAAAAAAAGUUUACAUUAGUGAGCAAAGACCCAUUUAACUGUGGGAACGAUCACAUUUAUUGUUUGCUGCCGUCACAAACUAUCGCUUGAAUCAGAAGACAUGACUAGCGUCUGAGACAUACUUCAGAAGAUGUGAUGGUUCCUUUUAUUAUUUCUGGGUGGAAAUUAGUCUCUUUUGCAGUUUAUUUUUUAUUUGACAAAAUAAUUCAUGUAAAAAUUAGCAGCACAUAGAGAACAUAUGUAGGUAGUAUAAUACACAAACGCAGAUGUAAAUGGGGUUUUUCCUUCGGAUUGUUAGCGACCGCCUUUUUAAAAUAAAUAAUCUUUGAAAUUCCCAAAAA